AUGGAAAAGGUUCUGGAGUACUGUUGGAAGGCCCGAGAGAAUUUCAAACAUGAAAAUCCCGGUGUCGACCCAGCUUCUUUUGAAGAUCUUCAAGAUCAUAAGCCGCUGUUUUAUCAGCCGGCCGGACCUUUGCCUACUCUCGAAGAGCACCGUGAGAUUAAUCACGCAGACGUGAAUGUCCACGGGAAUUCUUCACCCCAAGAGGUUUUAAAGAUCUUGAGGGCGCGGAAAGACCAGAAAACUCUGCAUGCCUACUACACCCUUGUAGAAGACCGCCUCAGCGGUAAAAGCAAGCCAGAGGAUAUGCUGGAGGGCAUCAACCCGGACAGAGCGCAAAAGGAGGCUGGCUUCAGAGGCGACGAUACCACGGACGUGGUGUUGAUCCAUCAUCACAAGAGGACCGCAACAUACCGUUACAACACUGAAGCUCUUGAGGCAUGCUCGUGCCACGGUGCGGUCUGUCGCAUUGGCUUCGGAACUCACGGCACCAACGAGGAUGCCAAGGAGUUCCAUCAUCCCUUUACGGGUCAACGCCUCACAACGCAGGAGUAUCAGGAGUAUGUUGGAAUAGACCCGCUCAUGGGUAAGGACAUGAACGAAGACCGUCCUGAAAAGAUUGAGUACCAGACUCCAGACCUGCUGGCUUCGACUGCAGAGCUCUCACAAGAGCAGUGCACCUGCGCCUGGGGCGGUUUCAAUGAUGGAGCCGAUCUCACAGCUGCAGAGUAUGAAACUUUCUACGAUCAGAAUGCCGCAGUCGAGCUGGGCCCCAUCUUCACCAAGUGUGCAGAUUACAAAUCACAAAUGAGUCAUAAGGAAAGCACCCGAAGCAUUAUGACUCGGGAUCUCCUGAAUGCCGAGCUCCCGUACAAGCCUCAUGCCAUUGCAGGAAAUUUCAACAAUCUCUGCUCAAAAAUGAGCUGCCAGGGAGGCGAUGUUCACCCGCGCACCAGUCUGACCCUCUACCUAGAGGAGAUGUUGCAUGCGUGUUAUCAAAAUGCCUCAGAUCAGUCUCAAGUCCGCGUCGAUCAAAGACAUGACCGUCGAGGCACAAGGGAUGCCACGAGAAAAGCUUGGACGUCAAAG